GGACCAAUGAUAGGCUAUAUGGAAAGAUGGGAGACUUGAAAAGGGACAGAGCCAGAGAAGGGGAAAGUCCUGCGAGAGAGAGAUGCAGGCAAAGAUGCUCUAGUACCAGAGACAAGGACAGAGGAAGAGACAGAUCUGAGAGAAAUCGAAAGGGAGACGGGCACAGACACUCUAGUACCAGAGAGAGAGACAAGGACAUACCGGUAGUCAGAGAAACAAACGGAUCAGAAAGGAACAGAGAUGAAGACUGGGACAGAGACUCAGAGAAGGACUGGGACGGAGGCAGAGAGAGAUCCCGGGACAGAUCUAGGAGAGACGGGAGCAGAUACAGAUCUGAGAGAGACGGGGACAGAGACCCAGAGAAAAGCAGAGACGGAGGCCGAGAGAAAGACCGGGACAAAGUGAGAGACCGGGACAGAUACAGAUCUGAGAGAGACAGAAAACGAGGGAGAGCCAAGGAUAUAGACAGGUGGCUGCAAAGGACCAGAGACAGAGACAAACGUUCUAGGACCAGAGACUGGGACAGCGAGAGAUCUGAGAGGGAUAGGUAUGGGGAUGAGUCCAGGGAACGCUCCAUUGAGCUCUACUCAUACUCCAUGACCCCUGAAUUCCCUGUUUCUCAUCCCCAUUCAUCUAUGAUGGCUACCUACUCCACCACCCAGUACUCUCAGUAUAUGACGUACCACAGCAGCCCCUACACCAUGGCCUUCCCUCCAGGGUGGGGUUAUCCCGCUGGCACCAUGCCCGCUGGUAUUAUGCCCCCUGGUAUCAUGCCCCCUGGUACCAUGCUUCCUGGAAUCAUGCCAGCUGGUGCCAUGCUGCCUAGUAACAAGCCCCGCCAACCUAACCCCCCUGGGUAUCCACCCUACACCAACUUCCCCCCAUAUUACUCUAAUGGUACCACAGCCUUAAACCAGACGUACACAUACACCCAGCCUGCCAGCACUCGAGCAGUCUUAAGUCAGAGAUACACAUAUAUCCAACCCACUAGAAACCGCAGGAAAAAGACACAGAAGCAUGCCCGAGGGAAAGUGUCCUGUCAGAUGGUGACAAAGAAGUCCCCAGCGGUUUUGACCACUCAGAUAGAGGAGAGGAGGAAUAAGGUUCACCAGCGCAAAAGAAUGCGAUUGCUUGCAGCAGUAAAAGUGGCCCCUCACUUCCCCUUUGAACCGGAGCCCAAGAAAGACUGGGAGAAACUACAUGCUGACACUUCUGAAGAAGUGGUCCCUCAGGAAGCUGCAAAGAAUGUGGAGGCACCAUCUGAAACAGGACCUAGGAAAGAACCAGAAGGCGAGAAACUACAUGCUGAUGCUGCAGAGAAAGUGGCUCCUCAAGUGACUGCAAUGGACACUGCGCCCCCCUCUGAAAUGGGCCCCAAGAAAAAAAAGUUGUAUCCAGGUAUCUUCAUGAAGAUUCUGAGACGUCUAAAGAGGCAUCAGUGCAAUAUAAAAGGGAAGAAGAAGCAUUUUGCAAAGAGGAGGAAAAAGGCUUUCCAGUACAAAGGGAAGAAACCAUUGGUAGACACUAAGGAAAAAGUGCCUCUUCUAGAGGCUGCAAAGGACUCUGGGAACCCCUCUGAACCAUGGCCCAAGAAAAAGAAAAAAAAGAAAACACUAGAGGAAAAAGGAGGUAUAUACUACCCAAAGAUAAAAGCAGCUGCUGAAGGCACUGAGGCCAUUUCUGAACCAGCACCCACGAUUGAAGGGGGGGAGGGAAUGACAGAAGGGGAGGAACUGCUUGCAGACACAUUAGAGAAAGGGGUUCCUCAAGUGGCUACAAAUGACUCUGGGCUUCCCCCUGAACCAGGGCCCAACAAAGAACCAGAAAGAGCGGAAGAAACUAUGUUAGAAAAGGAGAAACUGCUUGCUGAUCAUGUGGCGAAAGUGUCUGUAAAGGGCCCUCAGAUCCUCUUGGAACCAAAGGCUGAGAAAGACCGAGAAGGAGAGGACGAUGCAAUUAUAGGUGGUGAGAAACUGCUAGUAGACCCUGUGGAGAAAGUGGCUAUAACGGGCCCUGGCUUGCUCUCUGAACCAGAGGCUGAGAAGGAGACAAGGGCAGAAACAACCAGUGGCAUGAGAAUUAAUCAAGGAAAAAUAAGCUUGAAGAGUUCAACCUGAAGAUGGGCACGCCUAACACAGCCUCAAAGGAUGGCUAGCUGUUAUCUUCACUUGGCAUCAUGAGCUCAUCGCACACUAGAAUAGAACCUGCUGCUGACCCAUCCAGACCCUAUGGACAUCAGUUGGCUUACAUUCUUACCUAUCAACCAUUUAAUAGAUUUGUAAUCACUAAAAAAUUAUUUGUCAAAGUUUAGCCUCAUCCUUAAAUGCUUCGUAUUGAAUUUAUUUUCAGUGUAAUUUAUUGAUAUUGUGUGUGGGGUAUGGGUAGGAUCUAGCACAUUCAUAUAUGCUAAGUACCUUUAGCGCCUAUUGAUGAUAGUAUCUUCUGGCCGGGGGAGUUUAAUUAAGAGCCCCGACCCUUGCACUAAACGUUAACACGCAUAGCUUGCAGCCUGAUUUUGGAACAUAAGGAGCUAUCUUUCAUAUCAGCGUUGGACAAAAAUGCACAUUUAUUGGGUUAGGGUUCCCACACGGCCAUAUUUCCAUGUUACAGUGCUUGUUUAUGGAAAACGGAUGGAAGGCGGAGUCGACAACCUCUGCUAAUUACCGAUCUGCAUCUCCAAAAUCCUGUGUGUAAACGGAAGAUGGACGCCACAAACUCGUUGUCACUGAAAGAUACUGUCGGUUGCAACUGUUAAAACCGGUUUUAUAAACUGGUUGGUUUUGAGGCCUGAAUUCUGAUUGGCUGAAAGCCAUGGUAUAUCAGACCAUAUACCAUGGGUAUGACUAAACAUUUAGUUUUACUGCUCUAAUUACAUUGGUAACCAGUUUAUAAUAGCAAUAAGGCUCCUCUGGGGUUUGUGAUGUAGGGCCAAUACACCACGGCUUAGGGCUGUGUCCAGGCACUCCGUGUUGCGUUGUGCUUAAGAACAGUCCUUAGCCCUGGUAUAUUGGCCAUAUACCACAACUCCUCGGGCCUUAUUGCUUAAAUAACAGAGUAAGUGUACAUUUUGCAUAUGAAAGUAGAUGGCUUGAUGUUUCUAGAACUGUACUGCAAUUAGAUGGAGUAUUUGGCUGCCAGAGACAAUUUACCUGUUCUAAACCAAACGGGCAUGGAGUUUAUUUGGUCUGGUCAUGUGGUCAAGAAAAAUUCCUGGCCCUAGAUAUAGUAAAUGUGUAUCAAUGCGAUGAAAAUGCUAUUGACGGCAUUAUGUUUGCAAUUUGUAAGUCGCUCUGGAUAAGAGCGUCUGCUAAAUGACGUAAAUGUAAAUGAAAGUUGUCAUGCCUGAUAGCUAAAAGUAAGAACUGCCCAUGUUUCGUUCAAUUUCUAUAGAUCUUUCACUUUGUAAAUAUGUAAUUUAAUAAAAUAUUUGGUCUUGUGUGUAGUGUAUCAUAUUUCAAAUGAACCUCAACCCAUUGAGCUUCACAUUCCUUUUCAGGGACAACUUCCAUUGGUUUUGUAUUAGACAAUUCCAUGCACUUUCGCAUUCUGCCCUAGUGGUGGCAGUAUUGGAUUUUUGAUCCUAUGAAGCUAAAAUAAUUUAACUAGAAGCAGGGACCUGGAAACGAGUUUGUUUGAUCAGUUGCCGUUCUAACAAAUGUAACUAUAUACAAUAGUAUUUCCAAGUCAAAGCACUCAGAAUUUUCUGACUGGUUGUGUGCAUGCAAGUUGUUUGGAUGCAAGUUGUUUGGACCCUCAAGAUCCAGAAUGAGACGGCGAACACACAAAGGCCUGCGCGAGGGUAGCAGAAGGGGCAGACUGAAGUGAACCUGGAGUAUCAGCCCAGCUCAGGCACCUUGGCAGAAUGGAUCCAGAGACAUGCAGCCACCAGAGGGAGUAUGGAGAACCAGGGACAUGCAGUCACCAGAGGGAGUAUGAAGAAUCAAGGACAUGCAGUCACCAGAGGGAGUAUGGGGAACCAGAGACAUGCAGUCACCAGAGGGAGUAUGGAGAACCAGAGACAUGCAGUCACCAGAGGGAGUACGGAGAACCAGAGACAUGCAGUCAGCGGAUGGAGUAUAGAGAACCAGAGACAUGCAGUCAGCGGAUGGAGUAUAGAGAACCAGAGACAUGCAGCCGCCAGAGGGAGUAUGGAGAACCAGAGACAUGCAGUCAGCGGAUGGAGUAUGGAGAACCAGAGACAUGCAGUCAGCGGAUGGAGUAUGGAGAACCAGAGACAUGCAGUCACCAGAGGGAUAAUGGAGAACCAGAGACAUGCAGUCACCAGAGGGUUAAUGGAGAACCAGAGACAUGCAGUCACCAGAGGGAUAAUGGAGAACCAGAGACAUGCAGUCACCAGAGGGAUAAUGGAGAACCAGAGACAUGCAGUCACCAGAGGGUGUAUGGAGAACCAGAGACAUGCAGUCAGCGGAUGGAGUAUGGAGAACCAGAGACAUGCAGUCAGCGGAUGGAGUAUGGAGAACCAGAGACAUGCAGUCACCAGAGGAAGAAUGGAGAACCAGAGACAUGCAGUCACCAGAGGGAUAAUGGAGAACCAGAGACAUGCAGUCAGCGGAUGGAGUAUGGAGAACCAGAGACAUGCAGUCACCAGAGGGAUAAUGGAGAACCAGAGACAUGCAGUCACCAGAGGGAGUAUAGAGAACCAGAGACAUACAGUGCCUUGCGAAAGUAUUCGGCCCCUUUGAACUUUGAGACCUUUUGCCACAUUUCAGGCUUCAAACAUAAAGAUAUAAAACUGUAUUUUUUUGUGAAGAAUCAACAACAAGUGGGACACAAUCAUGAAGUGGAAUAACAUUUAUUGGAUAUUUCAAACUUUUUUAACAAAUCAAAAACUGAAAUUGGGCGUGCAAAAUUAUUCAGCCCCCUUAAGUUAAUACUUUGUAGCGCCACCUUUUGCUGCGAUUACAGCUGUAAGUCGCUUGGGGUAUGUCUCUAUCAGUUUUGCACAUCGAGAGACUGAAAUUUUUUCCCAUUCCUCCUUGCAAAACAGCUCGAGCUCAGUGAGGUUGGAUGGAGAGCAUUUGUGAACAGCAGUUUUCAGUUCUUUCCACAGAUUCUCGAUUGGAUUCAGGUCUGGACUUUGACUUGGCCAUUCUAACACCUGGAUAUGUUUAUU